AUGAACUUGGAGGGUGAAUCAAAGGUGCAACCUCUUACUCCUAAGGAACUGUACGAGGCUCAAAGGAGAGACAAGGGAAUCAGUGAGGUCAUUCAGUAUAAGGAGAGAGGCAAGCCACUAACACUGCAAGAAAGGCGCAGCGCAUCACCUGAAGGACAGCCUCUCUUGCGUGAAUGGAAGAAGCUCAUUGUAAGCGAAGACGGAAUUCUCCGACAUAAAAGGGGCCCAGAUCUGCAGCUGGUCUUACCGCGGACGUUUCACCGAAUGGUCUCCAGAGAAUUGCUGGAAGAAAUGGGACAUUUAAGAACUGAAAGGGUCCUUCAUCUAGCCAGAGAACGAUUUUACUG